GUCGAGGUGGAUGUUAUUGUUAGCUCCAGCGGUGGAUGAGAAAAUGCUGUAGCCCCGCACACAUUUGGAUGUUAUAAAGUAACGGCUGAGAUCCACCCACAUUAAAAAUGGCGAGAGACCGAAAGUGCAUCCUCUGUGAAACAGUCCAUGUCUCCAAGCAGGAGAUGGAUGAGCACAUGCGGACUAUGCUGCACCACCGUGAGCUGGAGAAGCUCAAAGGCCGGGACUGCGGACACGAGUGCAGAGUGUGCAAGGUGACGGUGGUGAGCCUGACUGAUUAUGCCAGCCACAUUUCCAGUCCCACGCACAAGCAGAAUGUGGAGGCUGCGGAACAAAAGCAUGCUGGGAACGACAAGGAAGAGGACUACUUUGACCAAGCGCUGGUGGACCUGAUUCAAAAGAGGAAAGAACAGAUCAGAAAAGAGAAGGAGGCGGCUGCUGCAAAGCUGGCAAAAGAAGAGGAGGACCGGAAGAGAAAGGAGGAGUUUCAGCAGAGGUUAAAAGAAGCCAAGCAGCGAUACCGACUGGAGUGCGCCUGGCAGCAGCCGUCACAGGGGUUCGGUGGAUCCGGUCAGCACAGUUCUUGGUACAGGAGCAACAGAUAUAAUGCUAAACCGGGGGAGCCCCGACCCUGGCACAAUAAUAGACAGGGAAAGAGCGCCACCUGGCACGCUCAGGAGCCCCCCAACUUUCAGAAAUGGGCAUCUGAAGAGAUUGUUGGUGGGAGCUUGAAUAACCAGGAAGGAUGGAACAGGAGGCAGUGGGAUCAGGGCGGGUUUUCUGGCAAUCAACAAAGUCGACUGCCUUGGCUCAGCAGCGGCGGCAGUAGUAAUGGGAUCUACGGCCACAACAAUAUUUCCCAGUACCCACAAAGGGGCCGGCCCUUGAGCCUCUUGGGUCCUGUUCCGACGUGUCCACCUCCCCCCAGUUUCUUUUCCCGGACUUUGCAACAGUUUCAAAAGACAGCCAAUGACCAGGGAGCUCAGCAGGGUGGUGGGCUUCAGAAUGGAGAGGGACAACCUCCAGAGUCUGACCACAACAGUAAUAAAAACUCUAAGACCUUUGGUAGCAAUCCAAAGCUGGACAAGGCCUGUCGCUGGUCGCCCUAUCCAGUCACAAAGGGCUUUGAAUCCGUGUCCCAUAAAGACUCCAACCCGAACUCAUCAGAGAAGCACCCCAAAGUCCCCAAACCCCAGAAGCAAGACAAAGCACCAGACACCAGUGCCUUUAACAGGCUGUCCCGACCUGAGCAGAAACAAGGGCAGUCGACUCCUAGUGUGGAAGAGAAAAAGACGCAUAAAACAAUUCCCAAAACCAAGCCCAGAGAUAGGAGCAGCAGCGGCAGUAGAAGCAGCAGUGCUCAGAGAGAAGGCCCCCAGAACUGCACAUCUGGUCCUUCCAACCAGAAGGAUAAUAAGCCUCUGCUGCAGAAGGAUAAGAAGAUGUCCUCAGUUCCUGGUCUCAGCAGUGGAGCGCAGCUCAGUAAGGCCUCCGGUCAAGCGCAGGCACAAUCAAAGCCAACUGCAAAUGCAAAGCAGAGUGGACUCAGCUCUAAGGCUCCAUCUGCUGGGCCCCUGAAAUCAAAUCAAGAACGGCAGCAGCCAGAAACCUUCUGGAAAGUAAGACGGAUUAUGUUAGAAAAGAGAGGCUCUUUGGACAGCUCCAGUGACAACAAGACAGAGAUGGCGCGGCACAUUGUGGAGGAGCAGCAGAAGGAUCACGCUCAGAGUCAGAUCGGAGUCAACAAAGAAAACAGCUGCAGGCAGAAUGCUGCUAAACCAAAUCUUCCUGACUUAGUCAGGCCAGAAAAGCCUGCAUUGCAGUCUUCAGACAGCAGCCAGUUUCUGCAGUCGUUACAAGUGAGCACGUCUACCAUGGAGAGCUCAGAGCCCGCGGCCUCCGGCAGAGAAGAUGAGGAGAAGAUGAAGAAAGCGGAGAGGCCAACCUGCUCAGUUGUCCCGGACGAAGCCAUGCAAGCUGUCGAGGCAGGGCAGAGCUCAGAGAGUGACACCUCCAGAAGCGGUGAGGUUCCGACGGUCUCAGGGUCAAACACAACAAGUCUGUCCAAACUUGACCUGCCUCCCGUCUUAAAGCGUGACCUGACCAAACACAUCAGCUCGAAGAGCAAAACAGGAAACCACGAGCCCAACCUGAACAUCGCCAGACGGGUGCGAAACCUGAGCGAGUCACGGAGAAGCGACACAGAAAAGGACUCGGGCCUCAAACCGACGGUGCGGCAGCUCAUCAGCUCCUCCGGGUCUCGGCGCAACGUGAACUGGGAGCAGGUGUAUCAGGAGGUCAGGAAGAAGCAGGACAAGGGGAAAGGCAUGCCGAGGUUUGGGAUCGAGAUGGUGCCAAACGAGCAGGAGGACCACAGCCAGGAGGAGGACGACAUUCCCCUGCUGGAGGGUUUGCACUGGGAGUCGUUGAUAGACAUCUCUUCUCCGGGUGCCUCCCGAAAACGCUCCUUAUCAGAGAGCAGCCUCGCCCCUGCCUCCGCUCCCUCCCUCUUUACAUCCCUCCUGUCAAAGGAGAUGGCGGAAAGAGAAAGCCUCAGCUCAGAGCAGCAGGUAUCAUCUGUGUCUCCCGCGCUCGCUCAGGGGAACAAAGACAGUCACUGUCAACAGCAGGUGGAGCAGAUGCUCGGUCAGUUUGAGGCCAAAGCACAGAAGCAGCCCGACAAGCUAACGUCAGCGUCAGUGAAGGCCCUCCAGCGAUCGGACUCUGUGCUCGGGGACAGCAGUUCAGGGACGGAGCAGUUUGACGGUCAGGGGACGGGGAAGAGGCGAAGAGCAGCUGGGGACGCUCCGAGUGCAGAAACGUCUUGUGUGGAACACAAUAGCAAAAGACGGAGGGUCAAAUCCAAAAAAGAGCGUCUACAGAUCGACCAGCUGCUGGCUGUGUCUCUGCGGGAGGAAGAGCUGAGCCGCUCCCUGCAGACUGUGGACACCAGCCUGAUCCAGGCCCGGGCUGCACUGGAGGCCGCCUACAUGGAGGUGCAGCGUCUCAUGGUGGUUAAACAGCAGAUGACGGUAGAGAUGAGCUCACUGAGAAACAAGCGCAUUGACUUACUCAAAGGGAUGCAAGGCAGCAUGGAGGAAGCACCGCAGCUCAAACUGAAAGAGGAGAGGAUGGAUUUCAUAGACACAGACCCACACCUGUCUUCCUCUGUUACGCUUUCCUCCGUUACGGACUCUGCUGUCUUUGGUGGUUCCCCCAGUCCCGGUCCUCCUGCUCACCGCGCCUCCCCUCCGUCCUCCAGCCUCCCCUUCCUGCCUGUCGUUAUCAAGCAGGAGCCCCAGUCUCCUGUCCACGUCAGCUCCGAGCUGGACCCUCUGGACAGUAUCACCCACUGCGCUCACAGCACCACACCGGAGCUGCCCGUCGCUCCCGCUGCAGCCUCCCCGACAGAUUCUGCCCUGAGCUUCCAGCCAUCUCCUGAGAGAAAGCCUGAGCUGUACCAGACGCACACAGAACAUAUUUGGGAGAACUUUGUAGAGCCUGCAGACAAAGACGGCCUGUCGGGAUUGGCUGAGACAACGGAGAAGGCCAUACAGACAACAAUGAACUGUCUCAGCCCUCUGCUUGACUCUAAAUCCUCCAUAAAGCUUCUGUCACCCAGCAGGAGGGGCUCUGAGUCGGGGAGCGUUGUCGACUGUGCUGCCACAAAGACCUUUGAGCCCCCCUCUGCGCCUUCGGUCCUCAAUCUGCCCGGCUCGCCGUCUGAACUGAGCGGCGGGAAGCGUGUGAGGAAGCUGAAGAAGAGGAAGGUGUUGAAGAAGGCUCAAGGGACGGAGCAGCCCGAGAGCAGCGACACCGAGAUAGACGGAGAGCCCUUGAGGCCCAGGUGGCUCCGACCUCGCCGGAGACCCAGUGGAGGCUCCCAAGUCAGCACCUCCACUCUGCCCACAGAAGACAGAGAGGGCGACCUGAACAUGGAGAGCAGCGAGGACGUGCGUAAGAUGCCGUGUCCGACCCUCAGACCGGAGAGAGGAGACCGCAGCUCCUCCAAACACAUGGUGGAGCUCCCCCAGGUGGCCCCCGCCGAGCUGACGCCGAACUUAGACUCGGAGGAAAACAUGGAGGUCACGGCAGCCUGUCAGCAGCCUCACAUGGACGCCCUGGUUCCAGCUCCCGCUCCAGUCCAGAUCCCGGACUCCUCCGGACCUGAGCCACAGAGCCUGGCCUGCAACGAGGUCACCUCCACCAGCGACAUGGAAAUAUGUAAAUCCUCUGAGAGUGACAUGCCGUUUCCAGUCACGUUGCCCAAGAUAACGAAGACCUCAUCAGAUGCGUCCUCUGACCACGGCGAGGACGAAUUGCCCACCGAAGGUGCGUUCGAGGGCCACCAGGAGGCGGUGAACGCCGUGCAGAUCCACAACGGGCUGCUGUACACGUGCUCAGGAGACCGGACUGUGAAAGCCUUCGACCUGGUGAGUCAUAAAUGUGUCGGUGUGUUCGAGGGUCACAGCUCCAAAGUGAGCUGCCUGUUGGUGUCUGCGACUCCCUGCCUGCAUCAUCGCCUUUAUACCGGUUCCAGUGAUCAGACCAUCCGCUGCUACAGUCUCAGGACUCAAGAGUUCGAGCAGCAGUUUUCUCUGUCAGACCGAGUCCUCUGCCUUCACAGCCGCUGGAGGACGCUGUACGCAGGCCUGGCGAACGGCACAGUCGUGACCUUUAACCUCAAGACAAACAAGCAGAUGGACGUGUUCGAGUGUCACGGGCCGCGCGCCGUGAGCUGUCUGGCCUCGUCGCAGGAGGGAGCCCGCAGGAUCCUGCUGGUCGGCUCCUACGACAACACCAUCAGUGUGAGGGACGCCAAGAACGGACUCCUGCUGCGCACGCUGGAGGGACACACCAAGACUGUCCUCUGCAUGAAGGUGGUCAACGAUCUGGUCUUCAGUGGCUCGAGUGAUCAGUGUGUCUACGCACACAACAUCCACACAGGAGAGCUGGUGCGGGUCUAUAAAGGUCACAGUCAUGCUGUUACCGUGGUGUCCAUCCUGGGGAAGGUGAUGGUGACCGCCUGCCUGGACAAACUGGUCCGGGUCUACGACUUGCAGUCUCACGACCAGCUGCAGGUCUAUGGCGGACACAAGGACAUGGUGAUGUGUAUGGCUAUCCACAAGAACAUGAUCUACACAGGCUGUUACGAUGGCAGCGUGCAGGCCGUCAAACUGAACCUGAUGCAGAACUACCGCUGCUGGUGGCACGGCUGUUCUCUGGUCUUCGGGGUGACGGGGCAUCUGCAGCAGCACCUGAUCAACGACCACGCCAGCACCAGCUCGCAGACGCUCAAGUGCCGCUGGAAAAACUGUGAAGAGUUUUUCUGCGCACGCAACAGCCCCAAGAAGGGGAUGCUGAUGCACAUGCGGAAACACGCCGAGGAGGAGAUUGAACUGGAGCCUUAAGGGCCAGUGAUGGGAACACUGUUUCCUCCUGAGCCCUCUUCCCUUUCCUGCUACCUUCACCUCCUCCUCCUCCCUCCCUCCCUCCCUCCCUCCCUCCCUCCCUCCUCCUGUUAACCUCCCAUAUUGGGGGGGAUGUUCUUGGGACCCCCUUAACUUAGCAGCGCUCCUGUUGGAGCCUGAUGAGUGGCGUCUGACGACUCCAUCCUUUAUGUUCGGUGUUGGAAACCAACUGUAAUACAAUCACGAAAGGAGGGUUGGCUGUGCUGUUGUUCUUUUUUUUCUUUUCUACAAAACAUGCCUCCUUCUUCUCUUUCUGUCCGACCACUGCAGUUCCUCUUUUCACUGACCAAAGUUAAGACAAAGAAAAAAAAAACGUGACUUUUUGUAAACUGAAGAAACUUCAGCGCUGCCGGUGUCAGAGAGAUUUGUUCUGCUUUUCUUUUGAAGCUGCAACAGAACCAAUAGUCGUUCUUCCAGAUUGGUCGGCUACAAUAUGGCAUGGGUUAAAAGGUGUUUUUAUUGUUGUUGUGCAGUUGUGAUGUGUCAUGUUGAGCAACCUAUAGUUUAGGUUUAUUUUAUUUUAUUUUUUUUUGUUUUCUUUUAUGAAGUUAUCCAUUAUUCACUCAAAGUUUAUGACAAUUACGAUUUAAAGUUUUUAGAAAGUUCAUGGUGUAGUCUCCCUGGUUACUAGUUCAACAGUGUGAAUCAAUGUUUUUGAAGGAGUUUCAUUGAAGUGACAGAAUUCAUUUACUUUUGGUUUGGUUUUUAUUUUAUUUUCAGAGGAACCCGCUUUUUGUUUUUGGUAGCGGGAUUAGGAUUUAUUUUAUUUAAUUUAAUUUUUUAUUUUGUUGCUCAUUCAGGCGAUUUAAAGGUGUUGAGGGACUUUGGUGCAGUUUGUGUGACUUGGCCUGAGGUUUCCAUUUGAGAAUUUACAUUUGCAGUGAUAACAGAACCGAGACGUGGACGUGGUGGCGUGCGUAUUCCUACAUGCGUUUACCUGCGUGGGUUUAUUCCUUGUAACUGUCGACAGAGUAAUUUAAAGAACUCUCCGUUUUCCAUGAGUGAGUGUGAAGUACUGUUUUUACGACACCGUUUCCUCCCUGGAAGUGGUGUUUAUUUUAUAUUCGGAGCAUCGAGCCGACGGCCGUGGAGCCGUGUUUCCCCCACAGUGAAGAGAUUUCUAAUGAAGUGAGGAGGUGAAGGAUGUUUACAGGAGGUGUUCGAUGGAAGAGCUUGAAAAGCGAAGAAUUAGGAUUCAUCUCCCAUGCCAUGCCUCACCCCUUAAACAGGCAAGUUUAAGUUUAACGCCACUUCUUUUUAAAAGGCACAUUGAACCUAUUUUAACCGGUGUUAAAGCCCAGCGGAUGCUCUCUUUAGCAGACUUUGUGUGGUUACUCUCCCGUGGUUGUGUCCUCGUUGGAGGAUUUGUUAACCUGAUGUUCUUGCGGCCGCCAACUUCCAAAAAAAAAGAAAAAGGAAAACUCUCCUCUCACACUGGUUAUUUAUGAGCGAGGAAAGCGUGCAGUUCACCUCCAGUACCUGGCAUUCCCUGAGUUUCUUCACGUUUUUCAGUUCUUAUCAUUGUUGUGACCGGAUCUUUUUUAUGAAAGUGCAAUCCAAGAAAUUGUUAAUUAUAAUAAUAAAAAAAAAAAAAAAAUGUUUCAACAUUA